CGUUGGUAUCGACUAACGACUCUCGCCGUGCAGCUGCAGAAGUACAAGCCAGCCUCUCGGAAGACAUCUUUCCAAACCUAUCUAUUGUUGUCUUUAAUUUUCCAGUUGAUACUACUUAAUUAUGCGUCGUGGUUACACAAACUAUAUUGGAAAUGACCUGCGAAUUGUAUAGCUACAAAUAAUGUUAACUAGCUCGCGUUAACUAGGUGUAUGACUAAUAUAAAUGCAACAGACCUGUCGCCUGGCUAAGAGAACAACCGGUGUUUUGUGACGUUCAAGUGCUCAGGUGUGCUGUUGUGCCCAUGGAGAAGCCGUCGUCUUCAGACAAAGGGUUGAUUGAGGAGAAAAAAGGCCUCGUGGAGGAUAGUGGAGCACUGAGAGGUGCUGAGGGUGGAGAGGUGGAUCAUCAGACCCCAAGGAAGAGCAGUUCUUCCCGCAAGAGCUUCCGCCUGGACUACCGGCUGGAGGAGGACGUGACAAAGUCCUGCCGGGACAACCACGGCCGCUUUAUUAACCCCUGGCCCACAUGGCAGUUCCCUUCCUACUUAUUGGCGCUCAGGUUCCUCUUCUGGGAUAAAAAUCACAGCAAUGUACCAGCUAGUAAAGAGGCCCUGGACAAUGAGCUCCCAGUGAUGGAGCCAUACUUUGUCCAGAACGCAGAUCUCUCUCUCCCUGGUCCAGGCAUGAGAGUCACCUGGUUGGGUCAUGCCACAGUUCUGGUUGAAAUGGACGGGCUGAAUCUUCUAACAGACCCAAUCUUCAGCCAGAGGGCCUCGCCGUUUCAGUUGGUGGGGCCCAAAAGAUACAGAGGGCCUCCCUGCACUGUGGAACAGCUGCCCAGGAUAGAUGCAAUAGUCAUCAGUCAUUCUCAUUAUGACCACCUGGAUGCUGGAUCUGUGGCCAGCCUUAAUGCACGCUUUGGAGGGGAGCUACGCUGGUUUGUGCCUCUGGGUUUGAUGGACUGGCUGGUGAAGAUGGGUUGUGAGAAUGUGAUGGAACUGGACUGGUGGGAGGAGAACUGUGUUCCGGGUCAUGAUGAUGUCACAUUUGUCUGCACACCCUCUCAGCACUGGAGCCAACGCACAGCGAUGGACUCCAACAAGUCUCUGUGGGGCAGCUGGUCUAUUUUGGGUCCAAAUCAUAGAUUCUUCUUCGCUGGGGAUACAGGCUACUGUGCUUCCUUCCAGGAAAUAGGACGACGCUUCGGCCCAUUUGACCUCGCAGCCAUCCCCAUUGGAGCGUACCUGCCAAGGGACGUGAUGCAAGGACAGCAUGUUGACCCAGAGGAGGCUGUUCAGAUUCACCAGGACCUUCAGGCCAAACAGUCGGUUGCCAUGCACUGGGGGACCUUUGUUCUUUCCAAUGAGUACUACCUGGAGCCGCCUAUUCGUCUAAGGGAGGCCCUGGCACAGAAAGGACUGAAACCGGAAUCCUUCUUCACUUUGCAUCACGGGGAAUCUCGCCUUAUAGCCUCGCAGGAAGGAGAUGUCUUCAACUGACCCUCAGUUUUGUAGGUUUGCCUGUAACAAAGUGCAGAACAUUUUAUUUUUCAUUAGAUGGGCUUACAUGACUGAGGUAUCCCAAUGGA